AUGGGCAUGGUGCGAGCAUUGCUCUCGGCAGCAACCAGGGGGAAAGUGGAUGAACUUCGGCAGCUCGUGGCCCGUAGUGACGCAGAAGUCCUCGGCUCUGUGCGGACACCCAAAUUCGACACGGCGGUCCACAUCGCCGCGUUGCACGGGCACAGCCGCUUCGUCAGUGAGGCGCUGAGCCUGAACAGGGAGCUCCUCGUCAGUCGGAACAGUGACGGCGACACGCCGCUGCACCUGGCGGCGCGGGCAGGAAAGGAGCGAGUCGCUCGACUUCUCGCCGGUCUCGCGCAGGGCUGGACAUUCGACGCCUCUUCUCGGGACGACGGUUUUCAGGGCCAAUUUUAUGUGGUAUCUGGUAUGCAUGACGAAAUAAAGAUGGUAACGUACUCCCGUUACUUGUAA